AUGCCAUCAACUCUUCUCACACCAUCCAGGGUCACCCUGGCCGCAGCGGUGCAGGCCUUGGUGCUGCCCAGGCUGUUCAAGGAGUCCCUUAGCACGACGAGCCAACUCAAGCUCAUCCUGGGUAUCUUUGGUGCCAACUAUGCCGCCCUGUUCCUGCACUUUCUUGUCAUCCGUCCUUUCCUACUGAGCAAGCUGCGGCACCUGCCUGGGCCGAGGUAUCACCUCACGGCUCUACCGCGGAGCAUGGUCGGCCGCCAAUCUCCGCCGGGCGAGAUCUUCAUUGACGUGAUGAAGCGCUACCCGUCGGACGAGCUGAUCCUGUGCAGCAUCUGGCACGACUAUCUGCUGGUCGCACGGCCGCGCGGGCUCGCGGACGUGCUGGUCCACCGGCCCUACGACUUUGUCAAGCCGCCCAACAUUGCGGGUUUCCUGCGGCACGUGCUGGGCGAUGGGCUGAUUGUCGUCGAGGGCGACCAGCACAAGUUUCUGCGCAAGAACUCGCUCCCCGCGUUCAGUUUCCGGCACAUCAAGGACCUGUACCCGAUGAUCUGGAACAAGGCGCUGCUGCUGACCGAGGCGCUGCGGGCGGAUGCCCAGGAGGCGGGCACACGGGGCUAUUCGCUUGCCUCCAACAACACAGCGUCGUCGUCGUCGCCGCCGCCGAGCUGGGCGCACCCGGGCACCGUGGAGCUCAACACGUGGGCGUCCCGGGCGACGCUGGACAUCAUCGGCGUGGCGGGUCUGGGGCGCGAGUUCAACAUGAUGAAGCGCAACGAGGACCCGCUGAUGGCCGUGUACGAGGAGCUGCUCGAGCCGACCAAGGAAAAGCUUGCGUUUUUCCUGGCCACGGCGAUGCUGGGCGAGAGGGCUGUCAAGGUCCUUCCGUGGAGGAUGAACCAGGUCUUCAAGCGGCUCACACGCGCGUUGGCGGACCUGUGCGGGCCGAUGAUGCAGGAGAAGCGCGAGGCAAUCGUGAAGAAGGGCGAUGAUCACUUUGAUGUCCUGUCGUUGCUGGUCAAGUCGGACAACUUCUCGGACAAGGAGCUGACGGAUCAGCUGCUGACGUAUCUUGCGGCUGGACACGAGACCACCUCGUCAGCAUUCAGCUGGACCAGUUAUCUGCUCGCGAAGCACCAGGACAUCCAGGCUGCGCUGCGCAGGGAAGUCCAGGAUGCCCUGCCGCAGGGCUGCGCCGGCACGGAUCCUGCAACCACCGACAUCGCCAGCAUCCUCGAGUCGCUGCCCUUGCUUAACGGCGUCAUCAACGAGACGCUGCGUCUCUACCCGACAGUGCCCAUCUCCAUGCGUGAGGCGGUGCGCGACACGGUCAUCGCGGACCACCCGGUCCCUAAGGGUGCGAGGAUCUUGUUGGUCCCUUGGGCGGUGAACCGGUCGCCACAGAUCUGGGGCGAAGACGCGACACAGUUCCGGCCGGAGCGGUGGAUCAAUGUCGAUGGUGAUGGAAAGCCGAACAUGCACGGCGGCGCGGGGAGCAACUACCACUUCCUGACGUUCUUGCAUGGCCCGAGGAGCUGCAUCGGGCAAGGGUUUGCGAGAGCGGAGUUGAGGUGUCUGCUUGCGACGGUGGUGGCGUCGUUCGACUGGACGCUGGGCAUGGAUGAGGACAAGGUGGUCCCGGGUGGUGUGAUUACGAUCAAGCCGGCAAACGGCAUGUAUGUCAAGUUGCGUCCCCUGGAGUGA